AUCAACUCAAACCAGCUUCAAGCGUUGCUCCAACUCGGAUAGCGCUUCAAGUUCGACAACGUUCGCUUCUAGCCCGCGCCAUCGCCAAUUUUCUCAGCUAGAAGAAUACUACUACAUGGGACAACUCUUUGGAACUUUUCAGGGACCCAACUAUGCACAGUCUCUUCCCCCCGAACUUUGGCAGCAUUGCUUGAGUUUCCUGGCGGUUGAAGAUCUCCUGGCUGUGUCAUCCACUUGUUUGUCGUUUCAUUUUAUCUGCAAACGCAUGUUAUUCAGGCACAUCACCACCACUAUCCCAUACAAGCGCACCGUUCGGCACAUAUUCCAGCCUCGAUAUGGGGAUGUUGCAAGAAUAGGACGAGCACGCCGACUUCUUCAUCGUAUUCACGCGCUUCAAAGUGACAAUGAUGCUCAGGAGGUACUCGGGCUAGUGGAGACAUGGAGCAUCAGGACCUUUGGCUCGCCUGCCCCAUUAGAAGCCGCCGAUAUCAUGCAAUACGCCAUAGAUUGCCUCCCCUUUGUACAAUCAUCCACCUCGAUUUUCCUGAUUUUGCCAUCAUGCAUAAACCUUCGGAUGCUGAGCAUUUCGGAUAUUUACAUGGGGGAAGAGCAGUGGUCUGCCCUGGUAAAAAUCCCUCAGCUGGAAUGCCUCAACAUGGAACGAUGCAACCUGACAUACGGUGGCGAGGUUAUGAAGCUCAAAGUCGUGUCAAUUAUCCAUGAGGCGCAUCAUGACCCACCGCUUGUACUACCUCCGACUACACAGCUUAUCUCCUCGCUCUUCAACCUUCGACAUUUAGAAAGACUCACACUACUCGACCUCACCUUCUCGAACUCGUUUCUCAUUGGACUCGCUCAGGUGGGACAGUUUGAGAACCUGAAGCACCUUUCUGUGGUGGUUCCAGAAACCCACAUGGACACGAUGUUUACCUUCUUGAGUAGAACACCUUCAAUCACAUCGCUCACUAUUUCAAACUUCUCAACCAUGGCCGAGCCUAGCAUGCCCGUCUCACAAUUUGUCGUUCCUAACCUCGUAGCCUAUGACGGUUUCCCGACUCUCCUCCCCAUUUUACUUCCGGGGCGGCCCAUCAGCACAGUUCGUUUGAGGAUGAAUCACAGGACGGAUCCUCAAGCAAGUCUCGGCGAUCCGUUUGGCGUUUACGAUAACAACGUUAUCUGCAAAGCAUUGAAUGAUUGUUCUACGUCCACUCGCGUGGUACAUGAUCUUAUGCUCUCUCCAUUUCAUCCUACCCCCGACAGUAUGCAGGACAUCGUACGCAUCCACCCCGAUCUUCGCCACCUGCGACUUGAUAUCCUCCGCACACCAAAUAUCAACAUGGGCGUUGACGUGGACGAACCCAUGUCACGUAUCAUGGACAUGCUUGCUGAUACCAUGGAAGCGCAGAGUAGCGAUAACAUCUCAAACCAUCCCCUGUUCUUGAUAUCGGGUUUCUUAAAUUGGAUCGCUAACGGUCAUCUCCCACUUCCGACAAAGCUUGAGACACUGCAUCUUCAUUAUUACCAGAAAUCGGAGACGGUUUGCGGUAAUACGGCGAAGCAACGACUCCUCGUGCCAAAGAUCUCCGCAGCUUAUCCUGCACUGCAUGAAAUUGAGAUGGGCACGACGCGCUGGUGGAGAGAGGGUGAUCGUUGGUCCCAUGAGGUACUCACACGUACUCAGCUGUGAGGUGUAGGGUUGUAACAUUAUUUUAGUCGCGAACCAGGUAGCUUUGUUACUUCUAAGGGCUUUGUCCGUGUAUGCAGAGG